CCGUCACAUCCCAAGAGAAGAAGAAUUGCAAGCCUGGACGAUGUCCAGCGUAUAAAGGAGGACGGAUAUGUCCUGAACAAUUUGAGAUUAAAGAGGAAUGUGCCAAUGAUUUUGAAUGUACUGGUAACAAGAAAUGCUGCUCUGAUGGUUGUGAGCUAAAAUGCUCGCCUCCGGCGUCAGGUAAUCACUUAUACUUGAUGUUUGUGAUGUUACUCUGAGUGUAUAUCCACACCGGGAAAGCUUGAAAAAUAUGCCUGGCCAACGGUGGGAAUCGAACCUACGACCUUUGGAACGAACCAAAGGUCGUAGGUUCGAACCAAACGAACCAAAGGUCGUAGGUUCGAUUCCCGUCGUGGCCGGGCAUAUUUUUCAAGCUUGCCCAGUGUGGAUAUACACUCAGAGUAACAUCACAAACAUCAUAUUCACCUGAGUACAUAACACCAACACAGAAAAUCACGUAUACUUGGUUGAUGAAUAUCUUAAUCUGGCACCAUGCAAAGUACUGUACAUGCAUGUAGAUUUUAUCCUUGUGGAGGUAACCGAUGUUUCGAAUGAAGGUGUUACGCCGGUAUCCUAGGAAAUCUCCCCCUCCCCUUAAAUCCCCCGGCCUUGUUUCCUUGGAAAUUUGGCCAUCUCUUAGGAAAUUUGGACUCCCGUUUAUGUACAUUAUUUCACAAAUGGUGUGAAGUCUCGAGAAGAUACUGUAGUGAUGGCAUAAUAGGCAUUUUUCGUUAUCUUAAUCCUUGUCAUCUUCCCAACAGUUUGUUUAUAUAUAUACUGUACAGUAUGCAAAUACAUUUCCACAAAUAUCUUGUCUUGAUCAAUAGAAGUUUAUCCGCUGUGUUGCCUAAUGAUAUCCUUGCAAAACAGCAAUUUUCAACCCUCCGAUCAAUGUUGAAAUUUUAUAAAUUGGUCAGGUAAAUGCUUUAUGAAAUACCAUGUCACAAUCAACAUUGGAUGGGGGAGCGGGGGUUACAAAGAUACCAAUAUGUAGCUAUACUUGGACAAAUUUCAUUCGUUGUUGCAAAAGUUCGCCUAGAGAAAGCUUCGGACUUCAAAAUUAUCCAUUCACAUUCAACGCUAACAAAGAUCACGUGAUCCGCUGGCUUAAUGCCCAAACUCCCAGUUACAUUUUUGGCUUUCCCUUUUGGCUAUGAUUUCACAAAAUUGCGUGAAAUUAAUUGAAUAUCAAAAUAUUUACUACAAUAUGGUCAUUUUAUGAAUGCUAAAAAGAUUUAUUUACUAUUUACAAGCCUAUUGGUUCUGCAGUUCAUAAGACUAUUCAUAAAUUUUCUGCGCUGAGAAACACUAACAUGUUCGCCUUGUUUGGGUUCAGAUGUGCUCGCUUUGCCGUUACUAUCUCCCCAGCUUAACUAAAACGUCUCUCAGUUGCAGCACUGCUAGCUCUGGAAUUUCGCAACAAACAACGAGUUACAAUGAGCUGUGAUACUUUGAUACUUUGUUUUGAAACCUUAAGAUUAUAUUAUUCAAAUAAGUGCACAUUCCAUCUUUAUGAGUCAUCACACAGCUAUUCUUUUCAAGCGUUCAACUGUCACUUGUGUGGGUAGUCCGGUUGUGAUCUUUUGUGAUAAACACUUCCCCGCCUGUGUUUACUAGACUUUACCGUGAAAUAAUUUCGAUAAAACUUUCCGGAUAUAUUUUCGGUAUUUUCGAUAUUUUCGGUAUUCGAAAAAUCAAAUAUCGAUAUUUUUAUCGACUAUAUCGAUAUAUCGCAACAGCCUAAUUUUGCCUUGAUCGCAUGCGAGAAGUGUAGAGGCUAUUACAUAUACCAAUCACCGCAUGGUUUCUCUUUGAACACAGUCUUGUUUCCUACAGAGGCUAAGUAGCAAAAUUAAUUGAUUAAUUGGGCCGGGUGAUAAAGAAUGAAAAAACAAUUUAGUAACGUCAUGUAUUUUACUCUCUGCAGAGGAUACUGCACCAAAGCCGAAUGAUUUGGUACAAUAUUGCAAAGCUGGGGAAUGUCCAGUCUAUGCCGUUCGUGAAGACUGUCCUCAUUUCUGGGAACUCCAAGAUGAAUGUUACUUUGACUUUCAAUGUCCCAAGGACCAAAAGUGCUGUUCAGAUGGUUGUGAACUACGCUGUAUGGCUUUACAGAAAGGUAUUUUUUUAUUGUCAGUGCUUUGUUUUGUUAGUUUAUUUCAAUUUAUAGACUUUCUUAAAUCUAUUUUUCCUAAAAUAAAAAUUAAAAUAUAGAUUAAAUUUGGUCCAUUCAAGAAACCUAUCAAAUCAGGUCGGCAAGGUUUUGUCGACAUAAAACGAAAGCAGGAGUCUGCAAAUUUAAGUUUUCAACAAUAUUUGUAUCAUGUAGUAAAACUCAAUUCAAAUAACACUACUGUAUAGAUACGUUUAGCAUGCAUAUGCAAUUACUAUUGAUCCAUGUAAAGGCAAGAUUAUUAUAAUCAUCGUCUGCUUUUCUCUUUUACUCUAAAUAUGCACAGGUUGUCAAUUUUUUACCGUUUUGAGUCCUGACAUGCCUGUAGUCUGUAACCUGUAGAUCGGCAUGGCCGAUAGCCGACCUGAAUUCCGAAGCCUGUCAAAUUGUAUAUUCGAUUUUUUAACAAUAAGUAUCCUGAUUUCAUCGUAAAUUACACAGGGUUCUUCUAUAGGGUAUCCCAAUAUACGCAAUAUAUUGUAGCUAUGCUUCAGAUUUUUCCACAGCUAAUUCGUGGGCAUUGAAAAUUCAAUCUAUAAGAGAUGAAUUUUGACAAUUAGAAUAUUAAUAUUGUACUGUCUGUGCCAGUGUAGAUAGUGCCAAUAAUAUGAACAAGCUUUCGUUGAUGGGGAUGCAACUACCUGAAAAAUAUAAGGAGAAUUUCGAAUAUAAUAUUCGAUAUUUUUCAGGUAAUUGCAUCCCUACCAACGAAAGCUUAUUCAGAUUAUUAAUAUGGCUGGUCUAGUAGAGCCGAUGUUAUGUUCAGUCUGGUUAACCCAAUGAACCAUUGAAAUAAUGCAUCAGUUGUGUUCAGUAUGAAAAGGUUCGAUGGUCCCAUCUUAGUGUCAAAAUUCAUCUCCUACAGUAGAUGGAAUUUUUGACACAGCUAUUGCACGUUUUUGAAGACACCCUGCACAAUUUGACAUAUCUUUCAAAUAAAAUUUUAACUACUUGAAUUAAUUUUUUUUUCAACUAUCACUUGACACUGCCAAAUGCCGUUAAAUACUUUACAAUUUUGUUCACAGCUGCAUUGACCUAAUUUCUUUAUGCAUGUUUGGUAUGUCCUUUGAGUUAUAUACAUGAAUAAUAAAAAAAUUCCAAUCACCUGUAAUAUGAAGAUAAACAUGAACAUGAAUCUGAAUUUUUCUUGCUAAGCAUUUUGAACAGGAAAAGGGGCACCCUUCAAUCACGCGACUAUUGUGUUCAAUAUUUCUUCAUUUCGACUACUCAUUCAAUUUGUUUGCCUAAUUUUUUAGAAAAUGCAACCGUGGCUCCUACUACUAAAUCUACGGGUAAGUCUUGACUAACUUUCAUAAACGAAUAUUUUUAAGAGUAUGGUAGAUUUGAUUUGCAGAGGCUUUCAACGUUUCCCGAGACGAGGCCGGUCGAGGGAAACAUAAGAUUCGAGGGAAACAAAACAAACUAUACAGUGACGAAGAAAAAUAAACAAUAUCCAAAAAACAAUAUUAUUUCAUGAAUAAAACUAUUUAAUGUAAAUUAUUUGAACAAUAAAAUAACCUGCUAAAAAGGUUUCAGCAGAAUUUCCUUUUGAGAAUAUUUCUUCUCUCGUAGAUACUGCAUUACACUCGUAAACUGGAAAAAACUUUCUUUUUGCUGUAAACUUUCGACUCCAUUACUUAGCCGGUUAGAGAGCAACAAUUUGUAUUUUUUAACUUGUCGCCCAGCGGGUUACAUUACACUUGUCCACUGUAACUCAUGCACGUGACCACAAAUCAGCCAAUCACGUUUAGUUUAAACACUAGCUACAGUAUAUAGCAAUUUAUUUUACUGUAUUUGUUGUAUUUGCUCGUAAGUUAGAAUGAAUCAUGUAAUGGACCAUUUGCAUUAUAGACUAAAUUUUGAUCUAGACAAAAAUCUCAUCACAGCUUGAAAGAGCAUCACAAAAUUAGUAAUAUUCCAUAGUUUCGUUGCGAAAUGUUGUAAAUGCGGAUAAUAUAGCCAUGCGAAGUUUGCCGUGUUUCAGUCAUUUAACUCAUUUUGUAAUACGCACGGAAAAUUGACAGCCCAAUCGGGUGUCGGGGCAUCAAUUUCCCGUUUGUAAUACAAAAUGACUGAAAAUUGCAAAUUUCGCAAGGCUAUAUUAUCAGCAUUUUACAACAUUUCGCAACGAAACUUUGGAAUAUUACUAAUUUUCUGAUGCUCUUUCAAGCUGGGAUGACAUUUUUAUCUAGAUCAAAAUUUAGUCUAUAAUGCAAAUGGUCCAUUUAAGGUGGCUGGUAAUCUCUGUACAUUCACAUUUUGAGAAGUACAAUGGACUUCAUGAUACGCAAUAUGGAAAGAAUGCCAUUCUUUGAAAGACUGAAACUAUAUAUAUAGAAAUAAGUGGAUUAAUCUUGUGUUUUUUCUACUCACCUGGCCACCGUGGAAGCGUUAUUAAUCCCCAAAACUAAGUAAAAAACACAACUUUCAAAUGACAACAGCGUAUCAAAAAUAGCUAUAUUCACGUCAUACGAUCCAUAAUCCGCUAUAAAUGUUUCCAUCGAUUAUAUAAUUCGAUCAGUUGUCGUCAUCCUCGUAAUGCCGUCCUACAGUGUACUGUGUAUGGUCAAGCUAUCCACAGGCAGUGCCUAUGAGUAUUUAGUAUAAUUUCAGUAUUGAAAAAUGGCCUUUGAGGAUUCUGAUUGGCUCCCUGAGCAGUAACUCUGAGGCAAUAGUUACUGCUCAGACUGCACUGAGCAGUAAUUACUGUUGCUUUUCCCAAAAAAAUGGCCGGAAAAUUGAAAAUCAGAUGGAAAUAAAUUAUUUAUGCAAAUUAUAUUCAUAAAAUAAACACGUGUAUUAGUUGUAUUUAUAUUAAGUAAAACUUUUUCAAUACUGAAAUUAUACUAAAACAAUUAGUCGCCUCAGGCUCGGUGAUUACAAGCCUAUAUUCACUUUGCCUUCGGCUCAGUGAAUAUAGGCUUGUGAUCACCUGGCCUUCGGCGACUAAUUGUUAAUUAGUACCUUCUUGAUCCGAUAGCCUAUUGGAAACCUUUUCGAAACUAAAACCAACCUAUAUACAGUAUUUAGUAAAAAUCAAGAAUAUUUGUUAUGUCAAAGCAUUGUCCUUCUUCACGUUCGCACUUCUCACUACUCGUCCAAUAUUUGUCCUACCGGCCUCAAAUAAAUUCUCGUUUCCCGGCCGGAAAAUAUACCGACAAUCACAGCCCACAGCGUUAGGCAUAUGUAAAUCACGCGUUCACGACACAAAAAAUUCGUCAUUUCACGAGAACAGAUAUUAGCAAUUAUCGCCGCACGAAAGUAUUCUUUUACGAAAAUCACUAUCCGAUGGAUAGCGCUAUCCUGCCUUGGUUGGCCAUCCGUUGUCAUUCUUAGGAGGACUCCAACUUGGGUGGAUUUUCUGUGCUUGUACACUGCACGUCAGAGGAUUCCGCGUUUACCUAUAGCAGAGUUCGUUGCUUUAGUUUAUGGAUAUUUUCUGAGAUUGUUUGACAUUCAAAACAACAUUUUGUUGAAUUGAUUUUGCAUGUUGACAAAGCUGUUUGAAAUCCAUUAAAGUUGCGCCCUUUGCGAACAAUUCAACGUCACAUUUUAAUGAUUUCUAACGCCUUCUCUUCAGUAUUUAGUCCUUGAAUUUGCUGAUACACGGCCUUGGAUGUCCUUAAACUGAAAGUUCUUGAAUUUGACUCGUUCUGUCAUGCACGAGCCCGGCCAUGGGAAAUAAUGAUUUCUAACGCCUUCUCUUCAGUAUUUAGUCCUUGAAUUUGCUGAUACAUGGCCUUGGAUGUCCUUAAACUGAAAGUUCUUGAAUUUGACUCGUUCUGUCAUGCACGAGCCCGGCCAUGGGAAAUGAUAAUUUACAAAAUAGAAUUGCCUACUGUAUACAUGUUGGACACUGCAAGUUUAUGAAAUGAUCUUGAUACUGUAUUUUGAGACCUUACUACGGGUUUUAAUUUUUCUUUAUUUUUAGGUCCAGAUCCAACAGACGAUAUCUGUAAGUAAUUUGUUAGAAGGGCCGCAAAUUUCUUAGAAACGUCUUAACCAAGAUCUGGAAUUUGGGCGUCCAAAUUUGCGAUUUUGCUUACAACUUAAAGUAACAUUUACGCGGCGAUAAAUCUCUUGGAUGGUAUAAAGACAUGUACAUGUACUGUACUCCCUGGCAAUUUUGCGUAUAAUUACCAUUUAUUUUUGAUAGCUUAUUGAGCUACUGUAUUUCAUUGGAAUUGCUUCCAGUUUGACGGCCAAUGUUCUUAGACAAUGGCAGGAAAACGAUAGAACAAAUGAUAGAACUGUAUUGAGUUGUUAUUCUAUAUUCAAAUUAUUUUUAUGCACUCGUCCUUCGUGUAAUUUUCAUCGUGUUUGAAAUACUCACUCGUGCAUGUUUUUUAUGUUUUUUUUCCAAAUUGCACGCGAAACCAUACUAUUACCUAUACAAAACUUACUAAUUACGAUUUUUCGUAUUAUUCUAGUUGUAGGUGGUAACGAAACAAGAAAGCCAACCACAGGUAAGUCAAACUGCAGUCAAAGCAUUCCAUUAAGAUUUAAAGGUCCACAAGGGGUCCGUCGCUGGAUAAAUCAGUUGUGUGGCCAUAUCCACAAGUACUUGUGUGUAAAAUCGUGCACUGUUUUUGACAUGUGCAUGGUUGAAUGUGUCACCAUACUGUACCAUUAUACAACUCCAGUAUUUGCUUAAGUGAAUCCUUUGCCCAAUCAAGGUUCACAAAAAUACACGUUUCACAUCAAAUCGCCUUCGUUGUUUACAAGAUCGGGCUGUGUUCGGGCAUAAAUAUGAUUAAUGGACGACACAUUGAUUGCAAUAGUUCGUCAAAACGACAGAGGUUUAUACCCAUUUCACAACUUUUGAUGACUCGCAUGUAGGGUUCCUUAUUUCCACUUUAUGCAAGUUAUCUUUUUUUCUAUCAUAUGCUCUGGUAAACUACUGUAGAACAUGCGGGUUAAUUAGGUGACAACGAUGAAAACAAACUUGUCUAUUAUGUAGACAUCAGUUCAUAUACAGUACUAAAAUAUCUCAAACGCAUACAUCCACACGUAUCCGCAUCUGUAGCAUUUUCAAAAGUUUCCAAUUUGGAUACCGUUUUUUAACGCAAACAUUUUUAUAUAAUGGGAAAAAAUAGUGAAAUCCAUACGGUAUGGAAUUUGCAAUUGUCUCACUAAAUCCAUAGUAUAUCCAUAUUGUUUCCAUAUUAUAUCCAUGGUAUGGUAUGAAAUCGGUAUAAAAAUUGGAUUUCCACAUUAUUUCCAACGAAGAUCCAUGCUAUUUCCGUAGUAAGGAUUUUGAAAUUCCAAUGUUCAGGUGCAUACGUGCGGUCCGAGCCUAAUAAUUAACUGUAAGUACUAUUAGUUUUAUUAACAGUUUAUUUACGGAAUGUUUUUCUUAGUGGAAGUCCCAAUGACUUUCAGACCGACGACUGAAGACGUUACUUCUGGCGUUUCCACUCCCGUCUUUCCCACUGGAGCUAGUUCAACUUUAGCCGGUUAGUAUAAUGUAUUUGUAAUACAGGGGUGCAUAUACUGUAAUUACCAUUAUCUUCCCGGGGGGGGGGGCGUAGGCGGAAAAGUCAGGGAUUUGGGGGAAGAAAGUGUCCCUGAAUGAGGAGAUAAAAUGGCAGAGGAAGAAAAAUAGAAAUUGACAGCAAUAAGAAUCUCAACUCAAAAUAUUUGAAAUUGCACAAUUUUUGUUUAUCUCUUAUUAAGAAAUUCUCCUCGGAAAUGGAAAAAAAUGCAGUAUCAUGACUAAACAAUUGGCAGCUCAGCCUCGCCUUUGGUCAAAAGGUUUUAAAACCUGAGUAGUCACCAUGCUGAUAAAUCUCUGAUUAUCACCUUUUUGGCCAAGUCUCGCCUAGAUAGGGAAAGAAAAUGCCAAUGGUACUUCAAAUUUGGGUGUGGGAAAAAUUAACCUUACUGGAAACUAUAUACACCCUUUUUGUAAUGUUUUUUCUUACAUGCUAAGCCAUACUGUACUGUACGUGUGUUUGUCAUGCUGUUAAUUGUACCUUACAGUGUUUGGUAUUAUUUCUGGUUUCGAGGGAGGGCAUGUCCAUCAGAACUUACAUUGGGAAUCCGCCCAAAUUGUUUUAAACCUAGGGUGAUUCGCAUAUACAUGUAAUAGUUCCAACACGUUUUCUUGUAUUUUAUUCAGCUGGUAUAUACUAUUUCCGUGUGGUUAUGCAGAAUUCGUAUCGAUACGAUGUAACUGUUACCACAACCAUGAAGGACACAAGAUAUAGGGAAAUUGUUAUUCCUGGAAGACAGAAGCACACGAUAGAUAUUAAAAUCGACAGUUUGGAUCUCGUACAAAUAACGGCAAAGAACCCAUCAGGUCAACCAGUUUUGUUGAAUAAUGUGUUUUCUCAGCAAAUGUCUGGAACAGUUGCACGAGAAGCUCCGCAAAAAAUCUACAUUGGAGAUGGAGGUAAAAUAUUUGUAUAUAGAGUACCACUUUAAAAUGGCUAGAGUAUAAAGUAGAAAGUCUUAGCCGGAUUCUAAAAUGAGAACAAAUUCAUUGAUCGUUACGAAUGAAACACAAGAAUCACUCUGCUGUCUUGGCAACGAGGCAGCAUAUUAUUCUUGAUGUGCUAUGAUUUCUCCAUAGUCCACUCGACCAUUGGUCCACUCGAUAUGGUUUCUCUAUAGAGACCAUCUCGAUUUUGUGUCUGUCUGUAGCUAAAGUUGUUGUAAUUCUGGGGAAAUAAUUAAGCUUCACGAAGUUUUUUAAAAGAGGGGGCAGUCAAACAUUAUUAUGUCUGGCGAAGGCACGAUUCUUGAUAAAAAAAUGAUUGCCUGAUGAAAAUUAGAAUUGUAAACAUCCACCAAAUAAUGGGGGCGUGAACACGAUACAGAUUUGUUGAUGUGUUCGCACACUUUGGUGACACCACAUGCAGCCCACUCCGGGUCUUAAUAUAGCUCAAUGUUUAUAGCAUUACUAUUUACAGUAUGCACUAUUUAAUAGACGAGCAUGAGUGCUUUAUCACAUAUUGCACACUCGCGUUUUAUAUCUGAUAAAACACGGACUACGAGGGUUCUAAAUCGCUUGAAAAACAACCCAUUUCAUGUUUGCGUUAACGGGCAAAGUAAUUUUAAAAAUCAACGUUGUCUAAGCCGAGAAAAUCAAAGUAAACUUUGUGUCACUAAAAUAUUUUUUAUCAUGCAAACUAGAAGAUUAUCAAGGUUCAUUUUCGUAUUUAAUAUAUAGCUCCUGAAACAACACAAGCUCCAACUGAUGUUGCUGAAUCAACACAAGCUCCAACUGAUCGUGCUGUGUCAACCCAAGCUCCUACUGAUGCGGCUGAAUCAACACAAGCUCCUACUGAUGCUGCUGAAUCAACACAAGCUCCAACUGGUGCUGCGGUGUCAACAGAAACUCCAACUGAUGCUGCAGAAUCAACAGAAGCUCCAACUGAUGCUGCUCAAUCAACAGAAGCUCCAACUGAUGCCCUUGAAUCAACACUAGCUCCAACUGAUGCUGCCGAAUCAACACAAACUCCAACUGAUGCUGUUGAAUCAACACAAGCUCCAACUGAUGCUGCCGAAUCAACACAAACUCCAACUGAUGCGGCUGAAUCAACACAAGCUGCGACUGAUGCUGCUGAAUCAACACAAGCUUCAACUGAUGCUGCUGAAACAACACAAGCUCCAACUGAUGCCGCUGACUCAACACUGGCUCCAACUGAUGCUAUUGAAUCAACACAAGGUCCAACUGAAGCCGUUGAAUCAACACAAGCACCAACUGAUGCUGCUGAAUUAACACAAGCUCCAACUGAUGCUGCGGUGUCAACAGAAGCUCCAACUGAUGCUGCAGAAUCAACAGAAGCUCCAACUGAACCUGCAGAAUCAACAGAAACUCCAACUGAUGCUGCUGAAUCAACAGAAACUCCAACUGAUGCCCUUGAAUCAACACAGGCUCCAACUGAUGCUGCCGAAUCAACACAAACUCCAACUGAUGCUGUUGAAUCAACACAAGCUCCAACUGAUGCUGCCGAAUCAACACAAACUCCAACUGAUGCUGUUGAAUCAACACAAGCUCCAACUGAUGCUGCCGAAUCAACACAAACUCCAACUGAUGCGGCUGAAUCAACACAAGCUGCGACUGAUGCUGCUGAAUCAACACAAGCUCCAACUGAUGCUGCUGUAUCAACACACGCUCCAACUGAUGCUGCUAUGUCAACACAGACUCCAACUGAUGCUGCUGUAUCCACUGAAGCUCCAACUGAUGCUGCUGAAUCAACACAAGCUCCAACUGAUGCUGCUGAAUCAACAGAAGCUCCAACUGAUGUUGUUGAAUUAACACAACCUCCUACUGAUGCUAUUGAAUCAACACAAGCUCCUACUGAUGCCGCUGAAUCAACGCGCACUCCAACUGAUGCUGCUGAAUCGACACAGGCUCCAACGGAUGGUACUGAGUCAACACAAGCUCCAACUGAUGCUGCUGAAUCAACAGAAGCUGCAACUGAUGCUGCUGUAUCAACAGAAGCUUUGACUGAUCUUAUGUCAACUCAAGCCCCAACUCCUUAUACUGGAACAGGUAGGAUUUUUUGUUUUAGGUCAUUGGAAAGACUUUUCCUUUUAAUUUUUGGUACAGUUGCGGUCUUAUGAAUUUAUUACACACGAAGUACAGUGCAGUAUGUUAGUGAUCCUUGUCCGAUUAGAGAGUUCACAUUCAUUUUUGAAAUGGUCAAAUUGAACGUUAUUAGUAUGUAUAGUCCUGCGUAAUGUUUCGCCUGCUAAUUUUUAGGCUCUGCUGUCGUUACUGAUGUUAGUGGUGUUGGAGGAUCAGCUUCGACUAGGCCAGGUAAGUUCGAUUUUUAAUUACCUUCAUGUAGUAUUAAAUCAGAAUUGUUUCUUUUUUUUAGGUAUGUGCGUGGCAAAGUUAAAUAAAUAAAUAAAUAAAUCUAUCAUUGAAUUGAAAAGUUUUCUGUUAACCGAGUGAAUAGUACUCGACACUAGAUGCUAGACCUUAGAAUAAACCACUGUGUGGUGAUUUCAUAUCUUGAUUUAAAAGAAACAACUGCAUAUAGAACUUGACUACAGUAUAUACAUUAGAUCCAAGUUCAUACAACCCAAAAAACAAGAAGUUUGAAAACGUCAAACUGUUGUGCACAUGAAUGAUUUGAAAACUGUAUCGAGGCACCUUAAAGCCUUUGCGCAUUGUGGCUACUGAUAACAUAUGGACUACCGACAUGCAUUGUGCAUUGUUUUCAUGGGCCAUAAAUAACUCGCACUGUUGCCUUCGAACAUUUAAUCUUCAAAAGUAAUUAAGACGUAGUUAUAGAAUUCAUGCAGUGGCUUGGAAAAAAAAUAACUAUACAUGUACUAUAUUCUACGAAUUGCUACAAUUUUCCUAAUUGAAAUAAGUAUGUACUGUACCUCUGUUCUAGUUUAUCCUUACUCCUUACGCAAACACACUUUUUCCAAGGUUCUGCUUUGGGCAACAAUGUUGCAAACAAGCAUUAGCCAAAUUUGGGUGUUCUUGCGAAUACAUUUUAUGAAAGAAUUCCAAGCAGUAACAAUGGUUUUAUAGAUUUCGGUGUAAGCGAAAACAUAAUUUACUGUACCUACAUGUAUACCUUAUUUCAUAUCAGUGUUUCCGUCUCCAAUAGAACCGCAACCAACCACUGUUGCACCAACCCAAGCCCCAACCGAUGCUGCUGAGUCAACACAAGCUCCAACUGAUGCUGCUGAAUCAACACAUGCUCCAACUGAUGCUGCUGAAUCAACACAAGCUUCAACUGAUGCUGCUGAAUCAACACAAGCUCCAACUGAUGCUGCUGUAUCAACACACGCUCCAACUGAUGCUGCUAUGUCAACACAGACUCCAACUGAUGCUGCUGUAUCCACUGAAGCUCCAACUGAUGUUGCUGAAUCAACACAAGCUCCAACUGAUGCUGCACUAUCAACAGAAGCUCCAACUGAUGUUGUUGAAUUAACACAACCUCCUACUGAUGCUAUUGAAUCAACACAAGCUCCUACUGAAGCUGCUGUAUCAACACACGCUCCAACUGAUGCUGCUAUGUCAACACAGACUCCAACUGAUGCUGCUGUAUCCACUGAAGCUCCAACUGAUGUUGCUGAAUCAACACGAGCUCCAACUGAUGCUGCACUAUCAACAGAAGCUCCAACUGAUGUUGUUGAAUUAACACAACCUCCUACUGAUGCUAUUGAAUCAACACAAGCUCCAACUGAAGCUGCUGUAUCAACACACGCUCCAACUGAUGCUGCUAUGUCAACACAGACUCCAACUGAUGCUGCUGUAUCCACUGAAGCUCCGACUGAUGUUGCUGAAUCAACACAAGCUCCAACUGAUGCUGCUGUAUCAACACAAGCUCCAACUGAUGCUGCUAUAUCAACUCAAGCUCCAACUGACGCUGCUGAAUCAACACAAGCUCCAACUAAUGCUGCUGAAUCAACACUAGCUCCAACUGAUGCUGCUGAAUCAACACUAGCUCCAACUGAUGCUGCUGUAUCAACACAAGCUCCAACUGAUGCUGCUAUAUCAACACAGACUUCAACUGAUGCUGCUGAAUCAACACAAGCUCCAACUGAUGUUGCUGAAUCAACACAAGCUCCAACUGAUGCAGCUGAAUCAACACAAGCUCCAACUGAUGUUGCUGAAUCAACAAAAGCUCCAACUGAUGUUGCUGAAUCAACAAAAGCUCCAACUGAUGCUGCUGUAUCAACACAAGCUCCAACUGAUGCUGCUGUAUCAACACAAGCUCCAACUGAUGCUGCUGAAUCAACACAAGCUCCAACUGAUGCUGCUGAAUCAACACAAGCUCCAACUGAUGCUGCUGAAUCAACACAAGCUCCAACUGAUGCUGCUGAAUCAACACAAGCUCCAACUGAUGCUGCUGUAUCAACACAAGCUCCAACUGAUGCUGCUGAGUCAACACAAGCUCCAACUGAUGCUGCUGAAUCAACACUAGGUCCAACUGAUGCUGCUGAAUCAACACAAGCUCCAACUGAUGCUGCUGUAUCAACACAAGCUCCAACUGAUGCUGCUGAGUCAACACAAGCUCCAACUGAUGCUGCUGAGUCAACACAAGCUCCAACUGAUGCUGCUGAAUCAACACAAGCUCCAACUGAUGCUGCUGAGUCAACACAAGCGCCAACUGAUGCUGCUGAAUCAACACUAGGUCCAACUGAUGCUGCUGUAUCAACACAAGCUCCAACUGAUGCUGCUGAGUCAACACAAGCUCCAACUGAUGCUGCUGAAUCAACACUAGGUCCAACUGAUGCUGCUGAAUCAACACAAGCUCCAACUGAUGCUGCUGUAUCAACACAAGCUCCAACUGAUGCUGCUGUAUCAACACAAGCUCCAACUGAUGUUGCUGAAUCAACACAAGCUCCGACUGAUGUUAUGUCAACACAAGUCCCAACUGCCUAUACUGGAACAGGUACAGUAGGAUGUUUUGUUUUAGUUCAUUCGAAAGGCUUUUCAGUUUAAUUUUAAAUACAGAUGUGGUCUUAUGCAUUUAUUACACACAAAGUAAAGUAUAUGAGUGAUCCUUGUCGGAUUAGAUGGUUGACGUUGAUUUUUGAAAUGGUCGAAUUGAACAUUAGAGCAUGUUUGUUAAUGUUUCGCGUUGUAGAAAUUUUUCUUAAAAUUCUUACCUGCUCUUUACACGGAAGAAUAGACGGCCAAGACUGUUCAAAAAACAGAUCGCCUGCUGCAAUAUUGUUUGGAUGCGUUAAUACUGUAGUUUGUGGGAAGAUAAUAAUUGUUAGAAUGAAAGAACUUAAUUCAAAGAACUUAUAAUAAUUGUUACUGUUAUGUGAUGUUAUUCAUACAUUUUCGCAUAUUGAAUGAUUGACAGGGUGCUUCGGACGUUUAGUAGAGAUAUAUAACGGUGUAAUUUGAAUGUUGGCACUGUUAGGAUUCGUCUUUAUCUGUUUGGUUAAUUUUUAGGCGCUGCUGUCGUUACUGAUGUUAGUGGUGUUGGAGGGUCAGCAUCGACUAGGCCAGGUAAGUUCGAUUUUUAAUUGCCUAGAAUUUAAUCAGAAAGGUUUCUUAUUGUUUAGGUAUGUGUGUCGCAAAGUUAAAUAAAUAAAUAUAUAAUUAAAUUGAAAAGAUUUCUGUUAAACCGAGAGAAUAGUACUCGACACUACAUCUUAGACCUUAGAAUAAAACUAUUGUAUGGUAAUUUCGUAUCUUGACUUUAUAGAAUCAACUUCAUAUAGAACUUGACUACAUAGAACCAAGUUUAUAAAACUCAAAAACACGAAGUUUGAAAAUGUCAAACUCUUGUUCACAUGAAUGAGGCACCUUAAAGCCUUUGCGUAUUGUGGGUAGUGAUAAUAACAUCUAGACUUGGUAUAUGCAUUGUGCAUUGUUUUCAUGUGCCUUAAAUAGCUCGCACUGUUGCGCCUUGAAACACUUAAAUUUCAAGUUGCCUUGAAACACUUAAAUUUCAAGUACUUAAGACGUGCUGUAACCUACAAUUUAAUUUCACUUUUUAUUUUUUGUCAAUAUUUCAGUUAUUAUUUACCAUCUGAAUGUCACAAUUGUGAACGUUUACGGAAAAACUGUCAAAAUCCUCGUGGCCCUUCCUGGUCAAGCACCUAAGCAAAUUGAUAUUGCCGCUGAUGGAAGUUAUCUAAUCAACUCUACAACACCUUCUGCACCUCAACAAAUAGUCAUCACAGCAUAUGAUGCAGAAACAUUUGCUCCAGUCAACAUAGACGGCAAGAACUCAGUUUUUGUAUUCCCAAGUGUUACACCAGUCAGUGUUGUCUACUAUAUUCCUUCUGGUGAGUUACAGUAUGGAGAACAAUUGAAUAAGCUUUGUUUAUCCCCAAUUCUCCGAUAUGGGUAGCUCUCAUAUAGUUAUAGAAUUCGUGCAGUGACUUGGAAUAAAGAUGACUAAGUAUUAUGUUUAUGCUACGAAUAGAUACAAUUUUCGUAAUUAUAAUGCGUAGGUAGUACUAGGUACCUGUGUUCUAAUCUAUCCUUGCGCUAACAUCCUUUUUCCAAAAUUCUUCAUUGGGCAACAAUGUAGAAAACAAGCAUUAGCAAAAUUUGUGUGUUUUUUGGAAGUACAUUUUAUGAAAGAAUUCCAAGUAGUAACAAUGGUUUUAUAGAUUUCGGUGUAAACGAAAACAUAAUUUAUUGUACCUAUACGUUAUUUCAUAUCAGUGUUUCCGUCUCCAAUAGAACCACAAACAACUACUGUUCCACCAACCCAAGGCCCAACUGAUGCUGCUGAAUCAACACAAGCUCCAACUGAAGCUGCUGAAUCAACGCAGGCUCCAACCGAUGCUGCAGAAUCAACACAAGCUCCAACCGAUGUUGCUGAAUCAACACAAGCUCCAACUGAUGUUGCUGAAUCAACACAAGUUCCAACUUAUGCUGAAUCAACGCAGGCUCCAACCGAUGCUGCAGAAUCAACACAAGCUCCAACCGAUGUUGCUGAAUCAACACAAGCUCCAACUGAUGUUGCUGAAUCAACACAAGUUCCAACUUAUGCUGCUGAAUCAACACAAGCUCCAACUGAUGCUGUUGAAUCAACACAAGCUCCAACUGAUGCUGCUGAAUCAACAGAAGCUCCAACUGAUACUGCUGAAUCGACACAAGCUCCAACUGAUGCUGCUGAAUCAACACAAGCUCCAACUGAUACUGCUGAAUUAACGCAAGCUCCAACUGAUACCGCUGAAUCAACACAAGUUCCAACUGUUGUUGCUGAAUCAACACAAGCU